GUCCUGCGUUUUUUCGCUUGGGCAACAUCAUGUGCAAGUUCACCAACCGGCUGUUUGUCUUCGCCCUGCUGCUUGUGGGACUUGGAAGAAUUCUGGCCCAACCCGUUGGCGGAAAGAUUAAGACGGAAAAUUCGAGGAACGUUGUCAGCGACUUGCUGGAAGUCUUGUACGACGACUAUUCUGAGAAUGGUUUUCAGCGCGAGGACAUUCUCUACGACCAACGGCAAAAAGGAGCGGAGAACUAUCAGUUCAAAGUGGAUGGGGUCGUCAUCGGAUUGGCGCCUCAACUGAGUUCCAGCUUGCUCUACUCAAUGGCGGAGUCCUAUUUGAGUGAAAUAAUGUUGCGCCAAUCUACCCCAGAUCCAGAGUCAACUCAAAUGUACGAAAGGGAUCCUGAGACCGAUACAGAUUCUGGACCCACCGAGGGCGUUACUAAGAUUCCUGAGUUAGCCCAAAUUGAUUUGGAAAGCAGACAACAUCAAAUUGUAGCUUCACAAACUGCCAGCCGAUCUCCAACUCAACUACUCCAAUUACUUAAGAUGCUCAAAAGUUCUAAGGCCUUAAGAAAUUAA